UCAAGUGAUUUUUUAAUUUCCUAACUGUGUGAAAAGUACAGCGGAAAUGGGUAAUCUUUUCAGAAACAAACAAAUGUCACUGUUACCCAUGAGUCUGGUUUACACUGGCUUGGUUUUAAACGUCGGAAUGUUUACCUUUAACGUGGUUUACCCGCUCGAUGGAUAUCUGCAACAUAAGCAGGCGAAGAUCUCGUCCUAUUUAUUCCAGCAAAGAAAUAUUGACGUUUUUAUGGCGGAAAAUGAGGAACCACUACAAAAUCAAACACUCGAUCAGUGUGUGCCAAUGAAUCGUGAGCUUUUUAAUUACAUGGUCCCUAAAUUGUUCAACACUUCUUAUCCCGGAGUAGAGAAUUACACGCUGUUUGCCGUUGCCCGUUUGGGUUUGCUACCAUUGAAACACAUAGAACCACUGAAAUCGGAAUACGGUCCAGUGAUUAAUGACGUAACAUCAUUUCAAUAUCCGAUUAGUGUUCCACCGUGUCGAAAUGUGACGAAUGCUGCUAAUCGAACAGUAUUUGUAGUUGUCAUAUCUGCCCCAGACAAUUUCGAGAAGCGUGACGUGAUACGAGAAACGUGGCGAAUUCAUUUGAUGGAAGAGAGCAAAAAAGAUUUGCUCCUGGGAGGUUUCGCUUUCUUUCUUGGACAGACAGAAAACAAUGUGACACAAAGCCAAAUAGAAAAAGAAAGCAAGAUUCACGGAGACAUUAUUCAAUUAGAAAUGUUGGAUACUUACAGAAAUUUGUCUGUCAAAGUAGCUGGCCUCUUUAAUUGGCUAUAUAGAAACUGUGCUAAAAUCGAUUUUGUGUUGAAAGUGGACGACGAUGUCUACGUCAAUGUUUACAAUCUCGUUUUCUUCGCCCAAUCAUCGCCAUACGACCAUUAUUCCAAUAAGAGCAUUUUUGGUAUUCCUGGUUUCUUUGCUCCUAAUCGAGUGGGUAAAUGGGGAAUAUCAUACCAAGAAUGGCCCUGGAAUCAAUAUCCUCCUUAUAUAAUGGGACCAUCUGUGCUGAUACCUGGAGGUACAAUCGUUCCACUGUUAGCUGCUUUCCAGACAACACCAAUGAUCCCAUUUGAUGAUGUUUACUACACCGGAAUUUGUACAGAAAAAGCUGGAAUUAAAACUCGUUUUUCUAUCGGUGAAACCGCGGUUCUUUCAAUGCUAUGGGGGAAGCCUUAUUACGUCCCCGAUUCAUGCGGUGUACGUAACUUCCUAUCAUGGUUGACGAAGACGGGCAUGCAAAUGAAAAAGUUUCAUGUUGUAACCGAUCAUUUUUACCACGACAGGAUCAAAUGCAUCGUACCUGGUGUCAACGGUACCAAGAAAAUUAUCAGCCACAAACAACCUGUCCAUUUUUACUUUCAAUAAAGUUAUUUAUUUAUGAAUAUUAGUUUUAAUUCU